AUGUCAGAUGUAGCAGCGCAUCUUCACUUUUUACCAAAAUUAACUACGAAUUGCAGUGAUCCUUUCAAUGUCGUGUGUGAAAAAUUCUUACAAAUAUGGGCUCAUAAAGCAGCUAAUAUUGCUAACGAUUUGAUUGAAUAUGCGAUUCGACGUAUGCAAUGCGAUAGAUUAAAACAUUUAUUUGAUAUUCGAAAUGAAUACACACAACGAGAGAAUAUUACAGCUAUUUGCAGAAUAGGUUUUCAUAAUGGCGAUGAUUUACCUCGGAUGAAAGAACAGUUAAGAAGCUUUUGUCUAGCAACUAGAAACGUUGUGAGACAUUUACGAGCUGACGGAAGACUUCGACCUAAUAGAUGUAUUGAUUUGGAUCAAGGUAUCAUAUCAAAAAUGUGUCGAUUUAUCUAUAAAUCAAAAGUUUUGUUACAAAUAUUACAAACAGGAAAACAUCUACCAGAAAAACAACGCGAACAGAUUGCCGACAAUGUAAAGAAAAAAAAGACUGGUAUGACCAUUGAAACUAUAGUUGAUGUUGAUGAUCCGUAUAGAGACGUUACAAAAGCGUUUAUUGCAUUACAAUCCGAUUUUGAAUUGCUAUUUGGUGAUGUUAUGGGUAGAGAAUUCUUUCAAACAGCUAGAACAGGUAUGCAUGAGUAUACAAUAUUCAAACCAAUUUUUUAUGCUUUUGAUGAACUAAAUUCAGCUGUUCAAACGAUACCCAUCAUAUUAGAUAUAAACAGAGUUGCGAGAACGAUCUAUUGUAUAUUAUAUAAAAUUCAAGAACCAGAAAGACUAUUGGAAGAAGCAACACGCGCAAAACAAGCGAGUCAAUCAUGUAAAUAUUCAUAUGGACCAGGUAAACGGAAAAUAUCGACACAAUUUGUUACUUAUCUUGAACUUUUUUCAAGAUCUACAACAGCUACUCCCACAACCAUAAACGACACAACGGAACAUAUCUUAACAAAACGAGAAGCACCUGCAUCGAGUGUCACGGCGACAAAAACAGAAGAUACAAAAAAGAAUGCAGAAAAAAAGAAAAGAAAAACGAUAUCGAAAACGAGAAAGGAUUCUACGAAAGGAUCGAAAAGAACAGCAUAUGAACAAGCUAAUACAAAUAGAACGCCGGAAGAAUCAACACUAUCCAAAGAGGAAAAGAAAAAGAAGCUCAAACUUUCAUCUGGUAUCUCGACCAAUACAAUAAAGAAUAUGCGCAAAAGUAACGGUGAAAGCGUAGAACAGGUGAUGAUGACAUAUACCGAAAUGGAUCCGGAAAAAGAACUUUACUGGAUGACAUGGAUAAAAAAUGCUUCAGCUGCAUUAAACAGAAUAUCAACAACAUCUCAUCCAGAUAAUUCAAUCGAUUUGAAACGUGAAAAUAAUCAAUCGAAUUUAAAUGAAGCGCAACUAUCGCUUAAACGCCAACAAAGAAACAGUUCAAAACAGCAACAACAUGAAGUAACACCAACUACCAAACCACUAAUACCAGUAGUACCGUCAGUUGUUAUAAAAACACAAAAUAGUGUUAAUACAAUUACGUCAGCCUUAUUAACAGAAGUACAGUCAGCUUCAGAUGUCACACUACUAUCAUCACAGUCAAUUGAACUAAUAUCAUUCAUAACACCAAUUACAACAACGCCGACAGCAAUGAAUAGUUUAACAACGAUAGGAACUCCGAAUUUUUCAGAAAGAGCAAGUGAUGCAAUUUCAGUAUUAUUGCCACAUGAUCAUUAG